GUAAAUACAAAAUGGGGCAAUUGUGUAGGAAUGCCGGGUUUGUUACUCAUUUUGUUCGGUGAGUGUGUGAGAAAGACUGGGCUCAGUUUUAAAAAAAGUCCACGGGGAAGUUCCCGAGGAAAUCCCCCAGCGCGGGGAUAUUAUUCUCGCCAGUUUGAUGCGCCACAAGUCUGCUGCACCUCCGAGGGCUCUCGAUGCCGGACUACCUUCUGAGUAAAACAGGACUUGAACCAUGGAAACAGUGAGCUCGAACGCGGAUAAAAGCAGGAGCUACAGCACUUUGAACACCUUGUACCAUGAGACCCGACAGGAGAUGGAGCUGUUGAACAAACAGAUGGUGCUGAAGGACAAUAUCAUCUCCGAGCUGAAGACCAGACUCACCAGAUUCGAGAGGACCCGGGUGAUGGUGGGAGAUAACGAGUCUGUGGUCGUCGGACCCUCCAAGUCCCUGCUGGAGAGUCUGUGUAAAGAAAUCUGUAAGCUGAAACAGAAGAACAACGAUGCUGAGUUGAAGGCGUCCAAACUGGCAGCGGAGAUCCAGAGGUUGAAUUCUCAGCUAAGAGCCAAAGAUGCGGAGCUGGAGAGAAUCCAGCAUCAGCCGGACCACGAGAAAGACCGGGAGAUCCAACAGCUUCGCUCGGCCCUGGAGGAGAGGGAGCGGCGGGACGCCACCCAAGCGGUCCUGUACUCGUCUCUGGCUGAGGAAGCCGACCAGCUCCGGGGUCAGCUGGCCGCCACGGUGAAGGUGUGCCAGGAGCUGCUGGCCAGGCUGGAGAAGGAGAAGACGGCAGCAGGAGGAGGAGGAGUGGAGCAGCAGGGAAAAGCGUUCACAGAGUCAUCGGAGAGGAGUGACGUCAACCUUCAGAUCUCGCAGCUGGAGGAGGAGAACAGACAGUUGAAGCAGCGGGUCGCCUACGUUCAAGGUCUGAACACUCAGUGGCAGAAGUACGACUCCAGCAGGGAGGACUACAUCCAAGGUCUGUGUCAGAGGCUGAGGGAAACAGCCAGCCAGGGAAUGGUGCCCGGGCUGGGGGGAGUCAGCGCCGGGCUGCUUCGCCAUGAAAUCUCCCGACUCAACGGCUUGCUGGAGGAGAAGGUGGUGGAGUGCGAGCGACUGGAGAGAGAAAUGGAAGACGACAGGCGGCAGGACAGAGAGCGCAUCCAGACGCUGGAGCAGCAGGUUCUGAUCUACACCGAAGAUUUUAAGUCAGAGCGUGCCGACAGGGAGCGAGCUCAGAGUCAGAUCCAGGAGCUGAAAGAAAAAAUACACCAGCUAAAGCAGCACGUCCACAAGCAGCAGGCAGCUGCUUCUGAAAACCGCGAGGCGGCUCCUGUCUGUCGCGUGCACAUUGGACACAGGAUAUCGUCCAGGCGACACCGGGAGUCGGCGGAGCGCAUGCUCAAGACAAAAUGUGAGAUGCAGCAGCAGCUGCCUGCGGCUGCGUCGCAGAACUUGGCGCGAAGUGUCGAUGUCGGUUUGUCCGAGCUUCAAUGUCCACGCUGCCUGGCCAUAUUCAGUGAUACGGACGCUGCAGAGUAUCUCAACCACUGUGAGGAGUGCGCCAAACUAUAACAGCCAACUGGACCGGCGGCCAUCAGCACUACACUAAAGAUUUUAAGGUUCCAUUUCUGUAUUUUCAAGGGUAACUAAGCAGCCUUCUUAUGAAUUUGUUCUGGAGUAAAAGCUACAACGAGGACAUCAGAAAAACAACGCGUUCUGUUCAGGUGACGAUAAAUAUAUACCUCAACAUGAAACUGAAAAUCUUUUGCACUUUCUUAACAUUCAGACACGAGUGAGAUGUCUUUUAUGCAUAAGCUUUUUAAAAACUAGUUCUUGUGUGAAGCAUGAUGCAUUGGCUUGCGAAAAAUAAAAAAAGAUACGUAUUUAUUUGUUUCCGGAUUGGGGGGUGUGUCCCAACAUAUUUGAGAAGCAAAAAUAUUUUGAAUUCGUAUUGAUUGUGAUAAAUUAAAAAUAUAUUUUUCUAAGCAAAAUAAAAAUGACAUCAACACAAACUUACCCAAGAGACAACACCUAACAAGUGAAUGAAAUAUGCUUCAUUAAGUUCUUAUUGUGGUGCUUUAUUUUAACGUGUAUUAUGGCUUAUGUAUAAUAUAUAAAUAAUCACAUAUUUAUUUUGAAAAUGCUAAAUAUAUUUUUCUUCUCCUAAAUGACGAGGACUUUUUUUAAGUGGAAGACUCACUGACAGUUCUACUAAAGAAAUGAUACUGAUUUGAAGUGUUUAUUUUUGUAAUAAA